UUCGCGACCUUUAUUACAGUUUAUUCAGACAUGCUCCAAUGAAAUCAAGUUUAUCAUUAAGCAAUGUGUUCAAAGUAAAAAGACAAAAUGAUUUUCAUCACACUUAUAUUGAUCUCGAUUACCGUGUUGGCGUUCCUGUAUGAAAAGACAUUGAGGCCAAAGAAUUUUCCUCCAGGACCAAGAUGGAAUCCCUUCACCGGUAAUACACCAGUGAUAAGAGCGCUUGCAAAACAACACGGCGGCGUCCAUAAAGCCUUGCAUGUGCUUUCCGAAACUUACAACUCAAAUGUGAUUGGUUUGAAAUAUGGACAAAAACUUACGAUAUGUGUUCAUGAUGAUAAAGCCCUUAAAGAAAUUUUAACCAGACCCGAAUUUCAAGCUAGGCCUACCACGUUCUUUUCAACUUUAAGAUCAUUUGGAACAAAUAAAGGAAUAACAUUUACUAAUGGAGAUUUGUGGACAACCCAGCGUAGAUUCCUCUUGCGUCAACUGCGAGAUGUCGGUUUUGGAAAAGAAAAGAUGGAUCUUAUGGUGGCUGAAGAGCUGGACAAUAUUCUUGAACAAAUUGGCAACAACAUCACACCUCCUAUCAGUCGAAUUUUUGCUACAUCCGUGUUGAACGUUAUUUGGGCUUUGCUUGCUGGUGAACGUUUAAAUAAUGAUAACGCUAAGUUGCAGAACCUUUUGAAUCUAAUGGCCAAACGUACGAAAUGGUUUGACAUGUCUGGUGGUUGGUUGAACCUUUUCCCCUGGUUGCGCUUCAUUGCCCCGCAAGCUACCGGAUUCGAGCUGAUAUCGCACAUUAAUUCAGAAAUGAAAGAGUUAUUUAUGGGAGUCAUUAACGAGCACACCAAAAAUUGGCAUGAAGGACGUAACGACGAUGUAAUUUAUGCUUUUCUCACCGAAAUGAACGAAACAAAGCAUUAUUCGUUUACAGAGGAUCAACUAGUCAUGAUUUGCGUUGAUCUCUUCUUUGGUGGCGCUACGACGACGAGUACUUCAUUGGAGUUUGCUUUCUUGUGCAUGCUCUUAUAUCCGGAUGUGCAAAAGAAGGUUCAUGAAUGUAUCGACAAGGCAUAUCUAAAUGGAGCUAUGCCACACUACAAAGACAGACAUUUGUUGCCUUACGUGGAAGCUGUGAUAUUUGAAGUUUUGCGGUGUUAUUUGGUGACGCCAAUAACCGGUCCCCGAAUUGCUUUGCAUAACACCAAAUUAGAAUCAUAUGACAUUCCUGAGGGUACUACUAUCAUGAUCAACAAUUAUUCAUCGAAUCACGAUCCAAAAAUAUGGGAAGAUCCAAAAACUUUCCGCCCAGAACGUUUUUUGGACGACAGCGGAAAAGUUGUUGUCCCAAAUUACUUCUACCCAUUCAAUAUUGGUAAGAGGAAGUGUCCGGCAGAUACAAUGGCCAGAAAUUGCGUAUUCACAUUUUUUGCUGGAGUAAUGAAGACUUAUGAGAUAUCGUUGCAUGACAAGUCACAAAAACUAACCGGAAUCGAGAUUCCAGGCAUUACAAUAUCGCCGGAACCUUUUAAAGCAUCUUUUAAAAAAAGACACGCCAAUUAAAUGCAUUUUAGCUUAUAUUCUAAACGACUGUUUUAUAUUGAAUAUGUAAAUUAAUAUUAAAUGAAAACACAGAUCUAACAGUCAAUGAUGUAAAAUAUACAAUUGUAUUGUUA